GCGGCCUUCUGCACAGAUGUGAGGUCGUUCUCCUGACUCAUUCGGCAGGUGAGUUCAGAAUGAUUAAUUCCUGGAAGAAUCUGGAAGUAAUGGCCCAAAACAGAGUGGGAUACAGGUCACAGGGAUGACCUAUGCUCCACCAAGGAUUUAAGCCCUUUGUCAUCCUGGAGAUCGGAGUGGCGGUGCUGGUGGCGGUGUUUCUCCUAGUGUUUCUCGCGGUCCGUCAGAAGCCGCCCAAAGACCUCCUGUUCUACGUAUUCGCGGAGUUUUCCUUCACUUGCAUCAUUGACCUCACCAGCGCCCUGGAGUACGAUGGAUACGCCUCCGGGUUCAUGGAGUUCUACCGGACUACGGGGGAACCGUAUUUGGGCACGGCCUACGCCAUCAUGAUGUGCUACUGGGACGGCGUCAUGCACUUCUUCCUGUACCUGCUCAUGGUGCGGCGCAUGAGGAAGGAGAAGCCGUACCGGACGGUGGCCAUUUUCUGGGCGGGGUCCCUCUUCGCCAACAUGGUGAUCUUCGUGCCAGGCAUCGUCCUCGGUAAAUACGGAUCGGAGAUCCGCCCGGCUUUCUGGCUCAACAUGCCCUUCCUGCUGGUUCCCGUCGGGGGUGCGAUCGCCCUGUUCCGCAGACCGAGGGAGCUGCCGGCCGUCUCCCCAGGAAGGAUCGAGCGCGCCCAGAAGAGAAACCUGCUCCUGCGGCCCCUCGACCUGCUCCUGAUCCUCUCCCUGCUGGGGGCCGUCGGCUUCUCCCUCUUCAGGGGCCUGGUGGUUCUUGAUUGCCCUCUGGAGACCUGCUUCACCUACAUUAGCAAGUACGAGCCGUAUCUGAAGGACCCGGUGGGCUACCCCAAGGUCAUGAUGCUCAUCUUCCUGUUCUAUGCCACGCCCCUGCUGGCUGCCUUCGCCUACGGGCUGUGGACGCCGGGCUGCGUCUGGAUGCUGGACUGGACCGUGUACUUCGCCGGGGCCAUGGCUCAGUGCCAGUGGUCCCACAUCGGAGCAUCCCAGCAUUCCCGGACCGCUCUCCAGUACCGGAUCCCGGCGGAGAUGUGGAAGCCCGUCAUGGGGCUCAACCUGGCGUAUCUGGCGGUCCCCCUGCUUCUGGCCUGGCGGUGCACACGCAGCCCCGCCUUCUUCAUGAAGGCGGAGCCCGAGGGGAAGGCCAAUCACGAGAAGAAGUACAACUGAGCUCGCCGCGCCACGUGGGACAGCAUCUCCUCCGUAACAACCACGUCCGUGUACACUCCACCAAUCGGGGCGCAGGAGUCAAAAUGGCCGACCAUGUGUCAGCAUAACACAGCAAUCCAGCCGCCAACAGCCCGUUCAUUAGACUGUGAUCUCGCUCUGCUCCGGCCUACACACUCUACGUCUCUGACCCAAUGUCUGAGACCGAGCUAUAAAAACACCUAUAAACUUUAAAACUAUGCCCCUGCUUGGACUAACAGGCACACUUCGACUCCUGCGGGCGCACUCUGCCUGAGCUCUGCUCCGAGCGAUGCGCUAACGAUGCUAACCCCCCUCUCCCCCCCUUCCGAUUCUGCGAUCCAAUUAGCGCAGUCUCCCGACUUCUGAAUCAGUAGAACCUCUUUAAGCCGCAAGGCUAAUAUUGAUACAGCGGCAGCAGUCUUGAUUGGCGAUAAUUGACUAAAGCGGAGGCAUUUUGGUACCGCGCUGACGAAUCAAAACAAUAGACUUGAGUACUGGAAUAAGUGCACUGUCAACACAAACCGUAGACGUAUAUGCCGCUACUAACGAACGAUGUCCGUGGUCCACAGUUACAGUACAACAGCACCUGGCGAAGACAACCCCAAGCAGCCAUGCCACUCAUCUUUUGAUCAUUUCACUACAGGAAGAUAGAAUUCAGCCAUCUGCCGAAAGCUGUCACUUCACUAGACGACGGCCGCGUCGAAGGAAUUUUCUGUGGAGAGGACGAUUAGCUGGGACUCCACUUAUGCGGAGACCGAUUAGUGAAUGAGUCAGUAAAUUCCGAGUCGUGGGUGUAAAGAUGCGCGCUGUCAUAGCUCGCACCUUGAAAAGCGCAGAUUGCCGAACAGUUGGCAGUCGGCGUAUGUUAGCGU